GUGUCUAUGUGAGAAACCUGGUUUAUAACCUAAAAUUAGAUGCCACCAUUCUCCCCACUAAAAAAUGGCGAUUUCCCAAAUCAUCAAACAUUCGAUAAAAACACUCGACAACUUCCACUCAUCAAUCUUUGCUAAAACAAGCUCAAUCAAAUCACCUCAAUCUUUGUUUCACCAAACUUUCUGCAACAAAACCAACCCAUAUGACCUGACCCACCAGCCCAUAACUGACCCAGACCAUCUCUGCAGAAUCAUCACAACCCAUAACGACCCAUCACACCUCCAAUCUUUACUAUCCACAACCCAAAUUGACCUUUCCCAUUUUCUUGUCAUACAAGUCUUGAAAAAACUAACCAAUGCUGGUGUGUUUGCACUUUCUUUCUUCAAAUGGGCCGAAAAACAGCCGGGGUUUAAGCAUAAUUCGGAUACUUACAACGAGUUAAUAGACGCAUUAGGAAAGAUAAAACAGUUCAAGAUUAUAUGGGCAUUGGUUAAUGAAAUGAAAGUUAAGAACUUUUUGGACAAAACUACAUUUGGGAUCAUAUGUAGGAGGUAUGCAAGAGCGAAAAAGGUUAAAGAGGCGGUCGAGACGUUUGAAAAGAUGGAAAAGUUUGGGUUGAAGGUGGAAUUAAGUGAUUAUAAUCGGUUUCUUGAUACGUUAUGUAAGGCGAGGCAAGUUGAGUGUGGUCAAUAUGUGUUUGAUAAAAUGAAAAAAGGGAGGUUUAAACCGGAUAUUAAGACGUAUGCUAUAUUGUUGGAGGGGUGGUGUCAAGAAAUGAACUUGUUGAAGUUGGAUGAAUGUUAUAGAGAAAUGAAAGGGGAUGGGUUUGAACCAGAUGUUGUUGUUUAUGGAAUUGUCGUAAAUGCUUAUUGUAAAGCGAAAAAGUAUGAUCAAGCGGUUAGUAAGUUUGAUGAGAUGAGAUUUAAGAAGUUAGAGCCUAGCCCGCAUAUUUAUUGUAGUUUGAUUAACGGGUUAGGGUCUGUUAAGAGAUUGAGUGAAGCUUUGAUGUUUUUUGAGUUGUCAAAGUCUAGUGGGCAUGAUCCUGAGGCUCCAACUUAUAAUGCGGUUGUGGGGUCUUAUUGUUGGGCGAUGCAAUAUGAUGACGCGUUUAGGGUGAUUGAAGAGAUGAAGAGAUGUGGGGUUGGGCCAAAUUCGCGAACUUUUGAUAUAGUUCUUCAUCAUUUGGUGAAAGGGGGAAGAAUCGAAGAAGCUUAUGGUGUUUUUAGACGGAUGAGAGAUGAGUUUGGGUGUGACCCGAGCGUGAGUACUUAUGAGAUAAUGGUGAGAAUGUUUUGUAUUGAGGGUAGAAUGGAUAUGGCGGUAAACAUUUGGGAAGAGAUGAAAGGUGAAGGAGUUCUACCAGGAAUGCAUAUGUUUGCUACUUUGAUUAACGGUUUGUGUCGCGAAAAGAAGUUGCAGGAUGCUUGUAAGUAUUUUGAAGAGAUGUUGGAUAGGGGGAUAAGGCCUCCCACACAUAUGUUUAACAAGCUGAAACAAACUCUUGUUGAUGAUGGGAAGGAAGACAUUGUGAUCACAUUGACUCAUAGGCUUGAGAAACUGAAAACACUUCUAGUGGUUAGUUGAGAAAAGGAUCGAAGGGUGUCAUUCAUGGAGUUAUUUUUGUUGGAAAAAACACAUAAAUGCUAUAAAUUUGUAUCAUUGACAGACUUCUGAUAAACUUAACAGACUAUAUCCAAGAAACUGAAAGUCACCCUUCUUUUCUAGGCGCCGUCUGUAGUUAAAAGUUCCCUUCAGUGUAGUUGUUCGACGACAACCAUCUCUUUAGGUGCAUGUCUCAGCAACACAAAAACGAGAGCUUCACUAUUUUCAGUUUUUCUAACCCGGUGUACUACUAUUCACCUUAUCUGCAAAAUAUUUGACCUGUUAUACAUCACAUUUAUUUUA